UCAACAAUAAUGGAAAACAAACUUUCCCCUGUGUUUGUGGAGGUGACUGUUAGAUCGCUCAUAUUCAGCCGCGUCUGGUAAAGUCGACAGUCCACUUUGAUCCAGCUCUGCGCUCCCCGCGUCACUUCCUCGCCCAUGCCCAUCCCUUUGGAAAGAAAAAAAGAAAAUUCACACACGGACAAACGAGCGACGGCGACAGAAAAAGAGCGAGGGAAAAGUCGAGAGGGAAGCGAAAGCAAAAAGCCAGAUGAAAGAGCUGGAUACCGAGGAGGGAGCCCACCGAACACCAGAACACACCCGUUAAAAAAAAAAAGAAUCAUGCCGCUGCACAAAUCCACCCGGGCCCCUCGCCUGGACCCCACCAUGAUCUCGGCCCCGCUGGGUGACUUUCGCCACACCAUGCACAUUGGGAGAGGAGGCGACGCCUUUGGGGACACCUCCUUCCUGUCCACUCUUGGCCCGAGCAAGCCAAGCCCCGACGCUGGCAACCAAGAAGCAGCUCCAGAUUCUGACCUUCAUCAGGUGACAGAAAACCACAGUGAUCUUUACACAGACGCUCCAGGAAGCCCACAGAACAAUGAGCUCCAGCACUCUGAGUCGGUGUCUUCAUUCGACCUGGAUCUGGAUCUAGGCCCGUCUAUGCUUGGGGAUGUACUCGGGAUCAUGGAUGGUAUGGGGCUCGACUCCAACGAGGAGGAUGUGUUCAGUCCCAAAAGCGGCUCAUCCUCUGUCAAAGGGGCCACGGAGGUGUCGGCGAACAUGCAGAACGGGCAGAACUUGGUCGGCUUGGAUGGAAACCAGGUGGGAGACGGCAGGAUACCAGAUGCCAACGGGAUCAAGCCAAAGGGGCUACGACCAAAGGUGCGAUUCAGCGACAAACGCGAGGAGAUCAUUCGCCAAGCGUCCGAGGAGGAGGAGGGUCAGGCGUUUGACUUCCAGGAAGAAGAUCAGCUGGCGUGUCGCAGUCCAACGGUGGGCGAGAGCGACAAGGAUGUGGAGGAGGUCAGCACCGAGUUCACCAACCACAAAGCAGAUUUGCCACCUAGCCCGGCCUCGUCACAUAGCUCGGAGUAUGAAGGGGUCACCUCACUGGACAGGAGGAGGGUGGAAAGCUGCCACUCAGACUCUGACUCAGAGGAGGAGGAGGAGGAGGAGGAGGAGGAGGAAGGAGGACGAGGCUACACAUUUGAAGACGAGUUCGAUGAUGAAAUCGGUCUAUAGGGGAUCAGUACGGCUUCCCCUCCAAAGCACAUCUUUGCUGUCAAUUAAAUCACACAUACUGUAUUUCCCUAAACUCACGUCAGGGUCAUUUGAAUGGGAGGCUUUAACCGGCAUGCAAACUGGAUUCUUCAAGACUCGAGAUGCGAGAUACACAGCUCGACGAUGUUGCUCAACUGGAAAACAGAGUUCAUGUUUUAUCAAUGAGGGUAACAGAUUCACUAAAGACUGGUUAAGAUAUAAAAAUAAAAAAAAGACUGUCAUUUUGGUCAUUACAGUGAAAGAUUUGUAGCACUUUUAUUUUUCAUUCACCUGGAAGCUUUGCUAUGAAACUGAUGCUCAGUGGAAAGUUCGAUUCAGGCUAAAUUUAAUUUUAAUUUCUACGGUGUCUUACACUAUAUUUGCCAUGUAAAGUUUAUUGAGCUGUAUUGUUAUAGUGCCUUAAAAGGGAGCUGUAUGCUUACAUUAUUGUACCCUGUGCCAUAUCAAUGUCUUAAUAGUUAUUUCUCAUAUUGCAUGUUUAUUACGAUCUCCACGUCUUCUCUUGAUGUUUAAGCCUUACAAAUAGCUCCCAGGACAGAAUGUUAUCCUGUGUCUCAUCAAUUACUGUGAAUUUGUCACAUUCCAAAUCUGAGACCAAGUCAGACUGGUGUUGCAGUUAUUCACCAAAGCUUUUCCUCGGGCAACUCAACGCUCAGACAAUCAUGGGAUCCUAAGGUCGAUAGUUAAUCAGGACCAGCGGUGUAUUUUUGUACAUGUUCUUUGCUUGUAUAAUGCCUGUAUCUGAAGAAGUGUUAUAUUUCAUAAUGCUGUAAAAGGGAGAGACCAUUGAGCUCGCUGAGCUGUUGAAAAUGCUGGUUUAAACAUGUGUUGUCCUGUGGUUUAAUAAGGAUUUACAGAGAAAACAAUAAAACAAUUAUUGGGAUUUUAAAAUAUCAA